AUGUUUGCCAGCGGUUACGACAGGAUGCAGCAUGCGGUAGAACCCAUCACUGCCACCGUUGAGCCAGUGCCGAUGGUGGAUGCAGUGCAGAAGACGGAUAAGCCUGUGCCGCAGGAGGAAGCCAGACAGGAGAUAAAUAGUGAUGCGAUUGCUAGUAGAAGUCAAGACAGUUUGGUAAGCAAUACUAUAUCUACUAAGAACAUACAAGUACGUGACACAAGCCUCUCAGCGUUGGUGAAGAAUGCGCAGCAAUACAAAGGAGCUUUGGACAAGCGUAACGAGGAGAUCAAGAAGCGUAAACGUGAACAGAAGCAGCGAUACGGAUGGUAG